GGUAUGGAGCGGGCUACAUGUUGCCCAACAUGCCAGUGCAAAUGUUUUCUCAAUUAGGUGUCUUAUCUCCGGUGAGCGCGCUCGCAUCAGAUGAAGCUUGCUGACAGCGUGAUGGCAGGGAAAAGCUCGGAAGGCUCCAUCAAAUGGCAGCUCUGCUACGACAUCUCAGCCAGGACUUGGUGGAUGGAUGAAUUCCAUCCUUUCAUCGAAGCUCUGCUGCCCCACGUCCGGGCCUUCGCCUACACAUGGUUCAACUUGCAGGCGCGCAAGAGGAAGUACUUCAAGAAGCACGAGAAGCGCAUGUCCAAGGAGGAGGAGCGCGCCGUGAAGGACGAACUGCUCGGCGAGAAGCCCGAGGUCAAGCAGAAGUGGGCGUCACGCCUCCUGGCCAAGCUGCGCAAGGACAUCCGGCCCGAGUUCCGCGAGGACUUUGUGCUGACGGUGACGGGGAAAAAGCCGCCGUGCUGCGUGCUCUCCAACCCCGACCAGAAGGGCAAGAUGCGGAGGAUCGACUGCCUGCGCCAGGCGGACAAAGUGUGGCGCCUGGACCUGGUCAUGGUGAUUUUAUUCAAAGGGAUUCCCCUCGAAAGUACUGACGGGGAGAGGCUGGUAAAGUCUCCGCAGUGUUCGAACCCCACGCUGUGCGUGCAACCGCACCACAUUGGAGUUUCUGUCAAGGAGCUGGAUCUGUACCUGGCCUACUUCGUGCACGCCGGUAAGUCUUCCUAUUCUUCUGCGUGUUGGUCUGUGUGUUUGAGCGUGUGUGAUGCUGAGCUGCAGCUGCACAUCUUUGGGAACGUGCGCUUGUCAUUAGCGCUGGCCAUAUGUAGAAAAUCAAAUAUCACAGCGCCUCUCAGCGCCGCUGUGUCAGUGUGUGCGAGUGUUUUUCCCCGUGCGGUCGCAGUAAUCAGCGGUGUGCAGCUUGCAGGCUGA